AUGCUCUCGAGUUCCUCCAAACUCUACCUAGGGGCCAAUCGGAGACACCUGACUUUCCAAAGAUCAGACACCCCAGCCCAGGACCACUCGAGACGGCCGACGGUCCGAACCUGCUCGGCUGGUCACUCCACACCUGGACUGCGAGGGGAGAUUACGAGACGACUGGGCAUCCUGAACCCCAGACUUUGGUCCCGCAUCCCAGAAGUGAAGACCCCGUGGUUCUCAAAAAACUAUCGUUCCGUCUCCCACCCGGGACGGCGGUCCGGACCACAGUUCAGGAAGCCGGGCCCAAUCAACGCACACCGGCCUAAAAGUCUCCCAGAGGCGAAACCGCGCGAACCCGCCCAAUCACUUGAAACGCUUCAAAUGCCCGCGGGCGCCCCGCCCCCGCGCAGCCCCUCUCCGCACGCAGGCCCCGCUCUGCCAGAGCGCCACGACCCGGGCCCCGGGGGGCGCAGACUGGCCCCGGCCCGCUCCGACCGCCUGGGCCGCGGACCGAGGGGCAACGGCUCCGCGCGCCGUCCCGCGCCCCGGGAGGGCCCGGCCGACCGCGGCGGCCGCUUACCUGCGGCCCGGCUGGGACCCGGGCGCGGAGGCAGAGGGGAAGAACGUGCGCGGAAGAGCCCAGAGGGCAACGGCGUGCGCCACCGGCCUCAGCCUCUCGCUCCCGGAGCGUGUUUUCAAAUCGCCUCAGCCUCACGCGGCCGCGUCUCCUUCCGCCGCCCGGAAAUCAGGGCCCCUCCUCCGCCGCGCCGCGCUCACGUGACCGCGGCCCGCCGCCGCGCGCAGCCGGGGAGGCGGGAGCGGGAGCGGGAGCGGCAGGCCCCGCCCCCAGGAGGCGGGGGCGCCCGCCGGAAGCUUCCCGCGCUCCGGGAAUCCGAGAUCGUGGAGCGCGGGGUCCAAGGACAAAGCUUGGCCCUGCGUGCGUGCCGUUUAGGGGUGUCGCCCUGGUCACAGCUGGUUGAGGGCUGGCGUCUUCUCUCCCUGGUAGAGCACUGUUUUUCAGACCUGGAGCCACAUUCAAAUAAGAGUAUAAGUUGA